AGAGAGUUCAUCACUUCACUUCUGCACCCGGAGAAGCAACAAGCGAGAGAGAGAGAUGGAAAUCCAAAGAGAAUCCUUACAGACGCCCGAGAACGACGGCAUGGACCCCAUCACCAGCCUCGUCGACGGAAUCAUGGAGCAGAUCCAGGACUCACCGGGGAGCACCAACGUCCCCCUGUCACAAAAUGUGCAUGGGAAGGUUGGGGGCAUUGACUCCUGCACCAGCGUCACAUCAAAGGAGCUUAAUGUGGUCUCCACUCUGUUGACCGACUCCAUCCUGGAGGAGAUCAAGGCCACCAACGUCCCCCUGUCCAAAAACGUGGACAAGAAGGUCGGGGGCAUUGAGUCCAUCACCAGCAUCACAUCAGAGGAGCUUAAUGUGGUCUCCACUCUGCUGACCGACUCCGUCCUGGAGGAGAUCAAGGCCACCAGCGUUCCCCUGUCCCAAAAUGUGGACGAGAAGGUCGGGGGCAUUGAGUCCAUCACCAGCAUCACAUCAGAGGAGCUUAAUGUGGUUUCUUCUCAGCUGACCGACUACGUCCUGGACGAGAUCAAGGCCACUUUCGGUCAAAAGGAGGAGAAUCAGAAAUCCACCACGACUGGCCGGAUCCCGAUCAUCUUCAAAAUCACUGUUAAGAAGCUACCUGCUAAAGCUCCAGCUAAAGAACCAUCCUGCACCGCAGACAAGAUGAAGAAGAAGAAGGACCAGAUCCUGGGAUUCUUCAGCAGAUCCUGGAAGACCAUGAAGAGGAUCUUCACCAGAAGAUCGAACCGAGUUUCUCCAGCCUAAUUUCCCCACAAUCCCCCAAAUUAUAUUCCCUCCUCAGCUAGAUAGCACGUUCUCACAGAAUUCUCCCUGCAAGAUCAUUUUGGUGAGGAGCAGAAGACUCUGCAGAACUCAAACCAGCUUUUCCACCUUCAGGACGUCAGCUUUUAUCAACAUGAAGAUGCUGUUUCCUUUACCAUCCGCCUGGCACUGCUGCGUUCCGCCCCACGUUGGUCCCUCCAGACUUGGAUUGGUCCAUCUUGUUCCAUUCUCCUCUUGCUUCUUGGCUGAGAGCUUCGUAGCUGAGAGCUCUGCCGUACCGGAAUGUUCUCCGGUGAUCUUAGGGUCGGGGACUCUUAACGUUCCACAGUCUUUGCUGCCACCUUAGAAUACUCUGUGCAGGAUAUGAUCGCUGUUCCACAGACUUUGGUUCCAUCUUGGUACCAGAAGUCCUCAUGAUACCAGAGUCUGUGGUUCCUGGUGUAUCUGAGAACUUUUGGUUGCUCGUGAUGGUGGUUUUGGAUUUCUGAAGGAAUUCUGGGACUGUGUGAGCUGAGCUUUAUCUUGAGAGAUGUUGGGCUCCUCCAGUUUCAGGAUUCUGGAUUCAACACCUUAAGUGUUGGAUUUCUGAAGGAAUUUUGGGACUUUGUGAGCUGAGCUUCAUCUUCUUAGAUGUUAGGCUCCUCCAGUACCAGGAUUCUGGCUUCAACACCUUAAUUGUUGGAUUUCUGAAGGAAUUCUGGGACUGUGUGAGCUGAGCUUCAUCUUCUUAGAUGUUGGGCCCCUCCAGUACCAGGAUUCUGGAUUCAACACCUUAAGUGUUGGAUUUCUGAAGGAAUUUUGGGACUUUGUGAGCUGAGCUUCAUCUUCUUAGAUGUUAGGCUCCUCCAGUACCAGGAUUCUGGAUUCAACACCUUAAGUGUUGGAUUUCUGAAGGAAUUCUGGGAUUGUCUGAGCUGAGCUUCAUCUUGAGAGAGUUAGGCUCCUCCAGUACCAGGAUUCUGGCUUUAACACCUGAGCAGAGCAUCAUUAGUUACCUCAGCACCAUCGUAUCAUUGACGUGUACCUGCCCAACAUGGUUCUACCCUGUGGAACUCUUAGAUCUGGAGGAUUAAAUCAUUUUCUCUUGGGGGCAGAACAGAGCUCCAUGGCUAAAAAAGCUGAAGACGUGACGCCGCUCCUCACACAGGUUUUGCAACGAGACGUCUAUCUAGCUGAGGACGUGAAUAUAAUUCGAUCUACAAGCUUCCAGCUGUGGAUCUCGGACCGGCUGCUUUCUUCUCUUCCUUUUCCCUUGUUCUCCAUCAAAUAAAGCUGGUGUCAGAUGAA